AUUUGUUUACCUUUCAUUUUUUGCAUUGCUUAUAAUUUAUUUUUCUCAGUCAUUGAGUUGUUUUAUGAUAAAGUUUUACAUCACUCUGAUACAAUCAAGCUUCAUGAAUUGAUUGUCAAAUGCAACAGAAGGAAAAUGUCACACAAUAAUAAAAGCCAAAUGAAAACGACAAAUCAAAAGUCGAUUGUCAACUAUGAAGAUGAUUACGAAGAUAUCGAUUUAGUGUCGGCCCAAAGACAUUCGACAUCAAGUGGCAAGCGGCGAUCGGAUCAGUAUACAUCACAAGCAGGAUAUAGUCAUAAAGAUCGUGAUGACCAUAGUCAUCGCCAGCUCAUACGUAGUAAUGAUGGUGGAUAUAAAGAUAAUCAUAGCAAUCAUGGUUCAUCUCACCACUAUAAUUAUAGAAGCCAUGAUCGAUCCUCUUCGUCUAGAAAUCGGCAUCGAUCAUCAUCACAAACAAGUAGAAAUAAUUCAACAAAUAAACAUAGAGAAAGAAGUGAAUCUCAUAACCACCACAACAAACAGGAAGAGUCCCGACAUAAGCAUGGCGAUGAUUAUCGUAAAUCAAAACGUGAUCGAUCUCAUUAUCAGCAUAGUCGAACACGGUCGUCCAAAGAGCCAUCCAUGACAAAUCAUGGAAGCCAAGAACGACGUUAUCAUGUCCGCCAUAGUAGACAUCAUCAUUUUCAUUAUGGUCAUCGUUCAAGCCGUAGUCGUAGUCAAGAUGCUGAAAGACGAAUGGAACAAUCAUCGAAACCCAAAGAAUACGAAUCUGCUAUUAUUACGAGUAGUAAGCAUUCGAAUGUCGAGUGUAACAAAUCCGACAAUAUAAAAUUAGUUGAAGACCAAAUUAUAGUUUCAAGUCAGAUAGAAACUGUGACAGAAUCUAAACCUCGAGAGCCACCCGCAGUUUUAGCAUCAGUAGCUGCUGUCGUGGCUACUAUGAAGGCACAACAAUCAUCAGAAUCAGUAUUUAAUCGCAUUUCACCUCACCAGACAAUUCCAUCGCAGCUUACCGAUAUUCCAAAAUAUUAUAAUGCCAAAAUGGUAAAUGCAGCCAAAUUAGCUCAACAGGCAGAAAAGCGUAAACUUUUGUGGGGUGAUAACAAGGGUUCAGCUAGCGACAAGGUGAAAACGUCCGCGACGACAUCAGCCAACGUAUGGACGAACCUCAAAUUUCAAGGCGAACAUGGUCAGGCAAUGACGGAAAAAUUUCGUAAAUUGAUGGGAAUCAAAACAACAGACAAUACUAAUCAACAAUCGCUAUCAUCUAAAAAUGAUGAUGUUAAGGAAAGUAGCCGUCAUAAUGAACAGAUUGCCGCAUCGAACCAAGCAAAACUGUUUGAAAAUCUGGACCAACAAUAUUCGAUUGCACGUCGAUCCACGCAUCUGGCACGUGGAGUUGGUUUGGGCUUUACAGCUGCAGGUAUGUCCACUUCGUUCCAGCGUAGCUGUGGUGAAAAUGACAAGUAGCACUUCCUUCAUUAACCAAUGUCUCGACUUUACUGAAAUGAUUGUCAUGAUAAAAAUAAAUGUAUUCAAACUAUGA